AUGGCCGCCCAGGACUCCCCAUGCCGCAUCCUGGUCAUGGCCUCGGGCUUUGGCUCAAACUUCCAGGCCCUCAUAGACGCCGUUGCGUCGGGGGAGAUCCCCAACAGCAAGAUCAUCUCUCUUUUCGUGAACCGGAGCAAGGCGCACGCGGUUGUGCGAGCUGAAAAAGCGGGCAUCCCUUCGGAAUACUACAAUUUAAUCAGUCAUGGGUUCCUGCCCAAGACAGAAAAGGAUGAGCAGAAAGUCGCCGAGGCUCGUCAAAGAUACGACGCUGCGCUGGCCGAGAAGGUGAUAUCUAAACAGCCCGAGCUGAUUGUUCUCGCCGGCUGGAUGCACAUCUUCUCCGAGGCUUUCCUGGAGCCUCUCCAAAAGGCUGGCAUCCUUAUUAUCAAUUUACAUCCGUAUGUUAUUAGAUCUCCCGUCAAUGUUAUUGGAGAUGGAAAAAUGCUAACAUAUCUACUGCAGAGCGUUGCCAACCGAGCAGAUGAGUUUGACGGCGCCAACGCCAUUGAGCGGGCCUUUGACGAGUUCAAGGCCGGGCGACUAACGCGCACAGGUAUCAUGGCCCACUAUGUAAUCCACGAGGUAGACAAGGGCACUCCCAUCAUGGUUGAGGAGAUCAAGUGGGAGGGAGAGGAGAUAGAUCAGUUCAAGGACAAGAUGCAUGCCCGCGAGCAUCCGCUAAUCGUAAAGGCGACGGCCAAGGUGGUUGGGGAAAUACUGACCCGGAGAUCGACCUAA